UCCUUGUAGGAGUCUCCAGGACCCUCUUUGCCGACACGUCGCCUCCUUGUUUGUGCGUUCGGAGCAGCGAGUGGAAUGGAGGAGAGAAAAAAAAACAUGUAGCUUUGCCCGUCCUCUCUCACACAAACACACCCAGCAACGAGGAGGGACACGCGGGGGGGCACAUUCAAAAACCUCCCCUUCAGUCUCCCAGUCACUCCCCUCGGCCGAAGUUGUUAGCUCAUCGGUCGGCUACCAGCUAGCUCGCGCCUCUCUUCCAAGGCUAGCCGGCUCGCCUCAGCUUCCGUGUCAGCUCGCAGAGUCACCGCGGUCGGUUCUCCGGUGUAGCUAACCCAACCCGCGACCCGGGACUAGGAGGACGAGAACACCGCGCGGGUAUGGAAUGGUGCAUGCCGCUGGGCCGAGUGUGCAGCCGUUGAAUCCAAGCGGAAUCAUGGACACGCAUCCACUGUGCACAAGGCUUUGUUCACACGCGCUGGAAAAAGAGGACGGAGUGGAGCGACAAGGCGCGCUCACGCUCAACCCGAGACACAUGAGGAAGGCCUUCAAAGUCAUGAACGAGCUGCGCAGUCAAAGCUCAUUGUGUGACGUCACAAUCGUAGCGGAGGACGUGGAGAUCGCUGCUCACCGCGUGGUCCUUGCUGCCGGGAGCCCGUACUUCCACGCCAUGUUCACAGGGGAGAUGGCCGAGAGCCGAGCCAAGCGCGUGAGGAUAAAGGAGAUGGACGGGUGGACUCUGGGACUCCUGGUGGACUACAUCUACACUGCAGAGAUACAAGUCACAGAGGAAAAUGUGCAGGCUCUGCUGCCGGCCGCGGGUCUCCUGCAGCUGAACGAGGUGAAGAAGGCGUGCUGCGACUUCCUCAGCUCUCAGCUGCACCCGUCCAACUGCUUGGGCAUACGAGCGUUCGCUGACCUGCACGCCUGCUCGCAACUACUCACGCAGGCCAACUGCUACGCAGAGCAACACUUCACCGAGGUGGUCGGCAGCGAAGAGUUCCUCAAUUUGGGCAUGGAGCAGGUUUCCAGCCUCAUCGCCAGCGACAAACUGGCCAUCCCCACAGAGGAGAAGGUCUUUGAAUCGGUCAUCGCCUGGGUCAACCAUGACAAAGACGUGCGCCAGGAGCACUUGGCCCACCUCAUGGAGCACGUGCGCCUGCCCCUGCUCACCAGAGAAUACCUGGUCCAGCGCGUGGAGGAGGAGUCCCUCAUCAAGAACAGCAGCGCGUGUAAGGACUACUUGAUCGAGGCUAUGAAGUACCACCUGCUGCCCGCCGACCAGCGAGCGCUCAUGAAGACGGCGCGCACGCGCAUGCGGACCCCUGCCUGCUGCCCUAAGGUCAUGGUGGUGGUCGGCGGCCAGGCGCCCAAGGCCAUCCGCAGUGUGGAAUGUUACGACUUUGAGGAGCAGCGCUGGUACCAGGUGGCCGAGCUGCCCACCCGCAGGUGUAGAGCAGGCGUCGUGUACGUGGGCACCUGCGUGUAUGCCGUCGGGGGCUUCAACGGUUCCCUGCGCGUGCGUACGGUGGACUGCUACGACCCCACGAUGGACCGCUGGACCAGCGUCAGCAGCAUGCAAGACCGCCGAUCGACACUCGGGGCCGCCGUGCUCAACGGGCUCUUGUACGCUGUGGGCGGCUUUGACGGAAGCACAGGUCUGUCCACCGUCGAGGCGUACAACGCCAAGACAGACGAGUGGUUCCACGUCUUGCCCAUGAGCACGCGGCGUAGCAGCGUGGGAGUCGGUGUUGUCAAUGGGAUCCUGUACGCCGUCGGUGGUUACGACGGCGCCACCAGGCAAUGUCUGAGCACCGUGGAAGCCUACAACCCCAAAAGCAACGCGUGGAGCUACAUCGCCGAGAUGGGCACGCGACGCAGCGGUGCAGGCGUGGGCGUAUUGAAGGGUUUGCUCUACGCCGUGGGCGGCCAUGACGGCCCCUUGGUGAGGAAGAGCUGCGAGGUGUACGACCCGGCCUCCAACAGCUGGCGGCAGGUAGCCGACAUGAACAUGUGUCGCCGUAAUGCAGGCGUGUGCGCCGUGAACAACCUGCUGUACGUGGUGGGCGGCGACGACGGCAGCUGUAAUUUGGCGUCGGUGGAGUUCUACAACCCCAACUCGGACAAGUGGACGGUGCUGCCCAGCUGCAUGAGCACGGGACGCAGUUACGCGGGUGUGACCGUGAUCGACAAGCCCUUAUGACUGCCGGCGAGCCCCGACGCUGAUUAGAAGUGGAAGUUGCAGUUUCCUGCUGAAUUCUCCCGGGCGGUAUCUGUCGUCGUCUUAACGCGACGUUUGCACGUUGGUCACCGAUGUCGACGAGUGCCAAGACGGCGGCGACGACGACGACGAAGGUGAUGAUGUUGGCCAUCGUGAAGAUUUUUUUGGUUUUUUUUUUUGCACUUAACGUGAGCGUAAGGGAGGGUUUGAACCGGUUUUAAUCUCGUCACGGGCGGGUGGAGAGGCAAUCCCGGCCUGGCCGUCGUCAAGGUGUGGUAGGGUGGGGCAGCCAGGCGUUGCUCCCCAAUGACUACUGACAUGAAGCUACUAAACGUGCUAACAUUUGCUAGAGGGGAGGCUGCUGCUCUAGAAGUGGGACUAUGAAAAUCUUCUCAUCGCUGGAGUUGUGUCUGCGUGUAUGUAUUUAUGCGCUUGCCUUCAAGGGUUCUCCAUUGCUUGUGAGCCUGUGCGUAUGUGUGUGUGCAUUUUGAGUCGACCGCCGCAUGGAUGCACUGCGCUUGGCCUCUGAUCCUUUUUAGAGCGUCCAAGAGCGCCCGAAUGUUAAACGGCUGGCCACUUCCUCCUUCCUUCCUCCCCCCAAUUCUUCCUCUUCAUGAUGCCUUUAGCGUCCUCCGUGGACACAGCGACGAAACAUAACAGUGGAUAAAGAGGAACAAUUUUAGGUUAGCUGUACCUGACAGGAAAUGACACUUUUUCCUUCAUUUGUUUUCCCCCAGAAGAGUUUUUCUUGAAAAAUAAAAUGUUCUUCUUUAACGCUGACCUUUUCUUGAAAAAACUUUUUUUUUAAGACAUUUUUUGUUGUGGCAAAUUGAAGUAUGACCUUUUUCUUGAAAAUUUGACUUUUCUAUAACAAUUUUUUUUCACUCAAAAAAUAUCUCCUAAAUUGAAUUUUCUCUUCCCCAAAUCCGUCUUAAAAAUGCAACGCUUUUACUGAGAAAAAAAAUCCCAUAAAUCUAACUUUGUAUUUAAACAUUUUUGUUUAAAAUCUAAAAAUUUGCAUUUUCUCUGAAUGUGAUGUUAAAAAAAAAUACAGUACAUAUAUUCUGUGUGUUUUUUUUUAAUUGGCUUUUUUUCCUCCUCAAACUUACUCAAAAUAUUUUUUUUAAAAAUCUAGAAACAAUAUGAAAAGGAGAAAAAAUUGAAUUUUCUCACCCCCAAAAUUGUCUAAAAAUGCAACCCUUUUAAUGAGAGAAAAAAAAUACCAUAAAUCUAACUUUGUUUUUAAACAUUUUUGUUGCAUUUUCUCCAAUUGUGACGUUUAAAAAAAUAUACAGUAUAUAUAUUCCAUGUUUCUUUUUUAGUUGGCUUUUUUCCUCAAACUUACACUAAAUAAUUUUUAUUUUUUUUUAUAAAAAAAAAAAAAAAAAAUUCUGGAGAAAAUAUGGAGAAGAGAAGCCUUAGUGAAGAGCAUCGCCAAACGCAUGCCAGCCUGAAAGUGGGUGGUAGGUCCUCCGAGCGGUCGUACAGUAUCGCACAUACUUUACUGUUGCCAAGUUUGCCCCCCCUGCAUGACCGGACUAACCCUAUAAACUGACGUGUUCUGAAUGUGCCAAUUUUACAGCAUCUUCUUUCAUUCCAAAAAGUGACCAAACUCUUGGGAUACCCCCCCCCCCUUCCUCCCUUUCUCGUAACCGCUUUCGCCGCAUACGUUUCGUCAGCUGUAUAUCGAGGAUUGUCACGUAGGCUUAAUGACUUUGGAUAUGUUUCACACUACAUGUUUUGUAGAGCAUUAUUAAUAAAACAUAUGCUUGUAUUUA